UGCAGGAAACAGCCCCAGCAGCCCUCGCCCGGGGCCCGUAGGACGGUGUCCAUCAGCCCGGAGAGUGGCGGGACGAGCCCCGACGGCUGCCGGUGACACCCGUCCGAGAGCCCCGCAGCGCGUACAACCAUGCGUUGAGCCCUGCCAAGGAGAGUGGAUGCCAAACCUGAAUUACCAGCCCAGAGAGUGGCUGUGGAUCCCGGGAGCUCCUGUGAUUUGCGGCAGGUUUUUCAGGUCCCCGCCUGUCACACACACACGCAGAUACUUAAGCAGUCACCCAAGGACCUGCGGGGUUCUUGUUUUACACACUUCUGGUCCCUGCCAGCUCCAGUGCCUGGCCCCAUAGCCCUGCCCCAGGAGAAGAUGGCCACGGAAAAGCCAGUGACUCCCACUGAGGAGCAGCUGGAGAUCCUGGAGUACAACUUCUGCAAGGUGAACAAGCAUCCUGACCCCACUACACUGUGCCUCAUUGCAGCUGAGACUGGACUCUCUGAGGAGCAGACCCUGAAAUGGUUCAAGCAGCGCCUGGCAGAGUGGAGGAAGUCUGAAGGGCUGCCCUCAGAAAGCGGGUCUGUCAGGGACUAGAGGAUGUUGCUCUGAUCUCCAUGCCUCCUAUAAAUGACAAUGAAGCUCUUCAGAGUGGGUUUUGCUGGGGUUCUUCUGUUGCAAUAGGUUUUGCGAUACAAAGUAAUACUCUGCUAUUUAACAUAAGUUUUAUUUAACAUGUACAUAACCAAAAAAAAGAACAUUAUAUAUAUAUAUAUAUAUAUAUAUAUGUAUGUGUGUGUGUAUACAGCUUUUGAUGGCUGGUAACCUGUCUGGUGAUUCCAACCCAUUAACACCAGCUGCACAGGACAAGGCAAUCUCAUGCUCUUGUCCCAGGCUUGCAGAAAAGCUGCCAUGAAACAUGUUCAAAUAUAGAAGGAGGAAAUAAAGAUUCAUUUUCCUUACAA